AUGUGUGUUUAUCAUUACUCUUAUGUCUCAACCUGUUGCCACGCCGAGUUCACCAGAAUAUCCUACUGUAACAAAGCGAUAGCACUCGGUCUGCCCAGAAAUCAUUCGCCAGACGGCCAGAGUGCAGACAAUAACCUCAACGAUAAACCCGGCGCUCAGUCUGGCUCAUCUGCUCAUCCACCUGCAUCAUCCGUCAACAACGGUAGCUCAUCGCAUUCGCAGUUACCAUCGCAUACUCAGCGACAGCACCAAUCACAGUACAGCGAUAACAUGUCAAUUAUCAAGCCGUCUGAAGCCGGGCACACACCGACUUGGGACGUCGUCGUGCAAGAGCGAGAUGUACAAUCCCAUCACCAGGCUGCUUUCAUUCCACGCUCUGCCCUUAUUAACGGCCCUCGGCAACAACAAAAUAGUCUCAGCGACGCUAGCCCAGUAUUGGACAUGCAGAGCUACAGCAACGUCGACGCUGAUAUGCCCUUGAAUACACAGUCUUCAUUGCAUAUGAAGGUCACUCACGACGGUAAGGUCCCUGAAUUGUUUGAUCGAUUUGAGUCACGUAACGGGCACUCUAACGCUCGCGAAGGAUCUCACGACGAAUAUGUCGAUUCGACUACUGAUCUUGAUACGAUCGCUAUGCAUCGUCAAGAACAAGCGGACUAUCGGUACGCGGCACAUACAGUUGGUGCCGCGGGUCAUAGUCCUCGCAAGUCCAUACCUACCCAGUGGUUGUUGAAGAGCACUGGUCCCAAUCUCGCAACCGCUCAGCGGGCAAAGGCACGAACUUCGAAAAAUAGCUGGGACAGCGACUCUCCAGACGAGGUCAAGACACCAAGGGAAACACGUAGUUCAAGCGACCUGAGAAGAACACGUAGCAAAGAAGGUGUACUAUACCUCACAAAAGAGGCCCUAGCUGCUGUCGAUAGCACCAUAGCAUCACCCACGUCUCCGCUCAGCCCUAGCAGACUACACGGCUCUCCAACAAAGCGACCAUGGAACAGUCCUAUUGGACCCUUACGUAGCAGCGUGCGUCGGCAAAAUCUCUCCUUCAGGACAUCACCUAGCAAGUCGACACAUCUCAGCACCGAGUCGAUAUCAGCAGCGCACUCACGAGCACCUAGUAGUGUUGCUACUUCUACUGGCCGGAUGUCGUUUCAUACCGCAGAAGGAUCGCCAGUAAGGAGUUCUGCAAGCACGGAACAUAGCUUUCAGUCUGCUGCAGAGAACCUCGAAGACCUUGAUGUUCCUAAUUUUGACCUCAAGGCUGACGUUGAUAAUGAACAGAUGCAUCAUGACUCUAGCAGUCCGCGUUCGACGACAGCGAAAGGGGACACAGAAGGCAGGCGGAGUUCAUUGACACCAAAGCUUGCGCUCAAAAUUCCUCCAUAUGUUUCACGCCAUGAUCUCCAUGGAGAUUCUUCAUCAGCACCAACAGCAGCGCCGAGCGGCUCGUAUAUGUUAAGGAGUCCGCAAAGUCCGGUGUCUCCUACACAAAUGUCUCGCAUCCCACGUGUUGGCGCUACCAGCAAGAUUGCAGUUCCCCUUCGGAACUCAACCGUCCAGCGAGUUGAGUCGGUGAAGUCUUUGCAAUGCAAGCUCAAAACGCUGCAAGCUAUGCAGUCUGACGCGACAAAAUUGCCUCUACCCGAAACGCCAAAGCCUUUGCCAGCAUCUCUGCGUCAAGUACGCACCGUCGACAGUACUGGCUCAACUCCGAUUCUCUCACGGACAUCUGAAUUACAUGGUGAUGAUCAAGCACUUGACACUGUUUUUGAGGCCGAGCAGAAACAGCUAGCUCACGUUGAAAGUCCCAUGUCUGCUCCAAAUAUUGAGGUUUCGGGCCAACCAAAGAACAUCUCACAACGCGGUGCAAACUUUAUCCGCGUCAAAAACUGUACGGUCGACCAUGAGGCUUCGUACAAGACUGUGAGGCCAGAGAAUAUGUCAUGGGAUGCCCCAGCAGCUUUUACUCAUGGUACGACGCUUGCAUAUUCUACAAGCAUACCCGCAAUCGUCGUCAUGAUGGCUCACAAUUUUGAUGCAGAAAAUACAAACAUCGCAGUCAAACAAGAAGAGCCUGUCUCUACCUCCACGGACGAUAUCGAUGACGCUGAUGGCAACGUGACUUCCGUUCGAGGAAGAAGUAAGUGGUAUGUUCCUGAUGAGGGUAAAAAAGGAGAUAGCGGUUGUUCAACUCAAUCUAGUGUGGGCUCUCUUCGAGCGACUGCUGCGGAAUUCGUACCUCAGGGUUCGUCCAUGGCUGGCACGAUCGAGGCUACCACGAGAACCGUACCUUCGGUCUCGUCUCAUGACAUCGUUGGUCUGCCAGAUGCAACGGUACUCGAUAGAAACGGCAUACCGUUCCUGUGGUAUAUAUACGGUGUACAAUUUGCUUACGAGCAGGGCUAUCGUAAUGGUCGUCCUAAAUCGCCCAAGAAGUUCAAGCAAUCCAGGAAACAGCGCACGUCUCUGUCUUCUCCGGUCGAUUCUCCUCAUCCUUCUUCAAAGGCGGUUCCCAUCAUGACCCUCAGGCCAGCGACUCCUCGCUCUGCUGCAGCGAAUCAGCGCUCAACUUCCGCAGAGCUAAUGCCUCCACCACCUUUGCCUACGACUCGGCGUCGUGAAGAGACCCGCCAAGAGACUUGUCAUCCUGCUUCCAACCGAGAGGUCUCAAUCCCGCACAGUGCCAACGCUGGAGCAAAUCGACCUUUUGAGAAUCAGCUCAAUAUGAUAUCUAAACAGGCUGCCCUCAACAGUCACUCGAACAGCAACGCUCCACGCCACUUCAACGUCGAUCUCACCACUGUGCGCAACGUUGGCCUCCCGUCCGGACCUCGCAACAUGCACCCUCCCAGCUACUACACGGUUCCUCGCCACGGUCACCGGAACAAUCGUGGCAAUGGUUUGUAUGGUGGUCGCGGCAGCGCCGGUGUUCCCAUUGACGCCACAGCACCGUUCCCGAACCCUGUUCCACCGCAAGGCCGACCAGACCAAGGUCAAACCUACGGCGCCCACUCAUUUGAUUACUCUGGAUACACGAUUGGGAACGAAUCCUGUGGUUUGGUCAACAUCACCGUCGCGACCGAGCGGGGCGGUGGCGAGCCAUGUAAUGCAUGCGCUCCCGACCAUUGA